CCCAUUCCCCUCCCUUCUAGAGGAGAGAGAGAAGAGAUAAGCUGAGCUUGCAAGCAAAGAGAGAAGCGGCCAAGAUGAAGAACCCAAGAGGAGUCGGCGGCGGCCGUGGCGGUCCCAUGGAGCACGUCGACCUGAUCCCGGGCAUCCCCGACGACGUCGCCGUCGACUGCCUGGCGCGCGUCCCCCACGCCUCCUACCGCGCUCUGCGCCGGGUCUGCCGCGGCUGGCGGAGCGCCGCCGCCGCGCCGUCCUUCGCCUCGGCUCGCGCCGCAGCGGGCGCCAACGAGGACCUCGUCUACAUGCUCCAGUUCGGGAACCCGUCCGCCGACGACGGGCCCAAGGACGGCGACGCGCCGGCCAGCACCCCGGCGUACGGCGUCGCCGUGUACAACGUGACCACGGGGGAGUGGCGCCGGGAGCCCGGCGCUCCGCCCGUGGUGCCCGUGUUCGCGCAGUGCGCGGCGGUGGGGACCCGCGUGGCGGUGCUCGGCGGCUGGGACCCGCGCACCUUCGAGCCCGUCGCCGACGUCCACGUCCUCGACGCCGCCACCGGCGAGUGGCGCCACGGCGCGCCGAUGCGGUCCGCGCGGUCCUUCUUCGCCUGCGCCGAGGCGGGCGGCAAGAUCUACGUCGCCGGCGGGCACGACAAGCACAAGAACGCGCUCAAGACCGCCGAGGCCUACGACGCGGAGGCCGACGCCUGGGACCCGCUCCCGGACAUGUCGGAGGAGCGCGACGAGUGCGACGGCAUGGCGACUGUGGCGGGGGACCGCUUCCUCGCCGUCAGCGGGUACCGCACGGCGAGGCAGGGCGGGUUCGAGCGCGACGCCGAGUGGUUCGACCCGGCGGCGCGGGCGUGGCGGAGGCUGGAGCGCGUCCGGGCGCCGCCGUCGGCCGCGCACGUCGUGGUCCGGGGCCGCGUGUGGUGCAUCGAGGGGAACGCUAUGAUGGAGUGGAUGGGCACCCGCCGCGGGUGGACCGAGGUCGGGCCGUACCCGCCGGGGCUCAAGGCCGGCACCGCGCGCGCCGUCUGCGUCGGCGGCGGCGAGAAGGUUGUGGUCACCGGCGCCCUCGACGGCGAGGGCGGCGGCGCGCGACACGCGGUCUGGGUGUUCGACGUCAAGACCAAGAACUGGACCGUGGUGCGCCCGCCGCCGGAGUUCGCCGGCUUCGUCUUCUCCGUCACGUCCGUCCGCAUCUGAACAUCUGGAUCUCGCCCUCCCCUGAUCCAGACCAAGAGAAAAGGAAAAAAAAAUCAAGGCUACUGCUAGUACGUAUAUCCCUGCACCGUGUCCGCCAUUGCUGGAUCUGAGAUCUGCGCAUCUGUCCGCGACUAGUAUGCCCGUGCCAUCGAAGGAGCUGAAGAAGGAAGGAGACCCGAUCGACGCCAGAUCUUGGAGCCAUGGGUGUAGAAAAGCAAAAAAAGAUUCCUCCUUUGUUGCUGGUGGUGAUGAGAGAUUAGUGUGGUGGUGUUUUUGUCCCGAGGUGAAGGACACAGACUAUUUUCUUGCUGUUCUUGUCCUAGAGCCAUGCUUAGCUAGCCGAGUAAUAACAGCUACUGUACAUACUACUACUGCUAUUGUACUGUAAGAUCCAAGGUCGCCUCUUGUGAUCCACUCCCAUCUCGAUCCAGAUCUGAUUCGUGGCGAUGAGCCGAGGAGCAAUUGGAGAGGCAGAUCUCGUCUUGAUUGAUUCUUCCA